AUGUCUCUGUCAUUUUGUAGUCGCCCAUGGAACCUCCAUAUCAGUGCCCAGGAUUCGACUUCUGGUAACCCUGACAACUUCGAAGGAAAUUGUUUGUGCUGGGCUCCUAACUUUACGACACCUAAAAUGGCGUUGAUUGAACAAGGUGAUUCCGCUCCUCCUGAGAACUGUCAGCGACUUGUCGUUCUUGGAUCUAGUAAAGUUGGUAAAACAUCACUAGUCGCUAGAUUCCUUUACAACAAGUUCGACGAUAAUUAUACGCCAACAAUCGAAGAUUUCCACAGGAAAGUGUACCGGAUAAAAGGCGAGGCAUACCGCUUGGAUUUAUUGGACACUUCCGGUAACCAUCCUUUUCCGGCAAUGAGGAGACUUUCCAUGAUCACAGGUGAUCUUUUUGUUCUAGUCUAUAGUAUCGACAACAGAGAUUCCUUUGAGGAAGUGUCAAAGUUAUGUAAACAGAUCCAAGAAUGCAAAAGUCAAUGCCGGAAAGAAACGAAACGACUAGCUCACGUUCCGAUGAUGAUUGUUGGAAAUAAAUGCGAUAAAGACAAAAACAGAGUUAUCGACCCUUCGGAACCAGAAAUGCUUAGAGAGGCUUAUCAUCAUUGUGGCUUUCUUGAAACAUCCGCUAAAAAGAACAUCAAUGUUGAAGAAUCAUUCCAGACAUUAUUUGAUCUCGCGAAGUUACCCGUUGAAAUGAGUCCAUCAUUACAUCGGCGUGUUCAACCGUCGUACAUUGGCGGAAACAGCUCGCAAUCGGGAAAGCGGGGGAUGUCCAUUAGACGCAAAAUGUCAGACGCAUGUGGCACCAUUGCGCCAAACGUGCGCCGGCCCAGUAUUCGUACGGACUUGUUGGUGGCACAAAUGCGAACAAAUGCUGGCGGUAGUGCCGCUAAAGUUCCAUCAAAUGCCAGUGACGGGCAAAGGACUGAGUUAAGAUGUGUUAUCCAGUGA